CAGCAAAUUCAAAUCGUUUAAUUAGAACUCCAACUGCGCAGAGGGUAUGAAAACAAAAGAGCACAAGCAUUGGGAACUAGCUAGCUACUCGGAUUUUGCAUAACGCUAUUACUAACAUGAGAUCGAUUGCUACUGAAGAUGAAGAAGUGACCGUGGAAGUUAGAGAUGCUUCGCCAGGACACUAUUUGUUGAAAAUUGAGUCUUUUUCUCUACUUUCAGAGAGUGGCAUUGACAAGUUUGAAUCAAAUGAAUUUGAGGCUGCUGGUCAUAAAUGGAAAAUGAUCAUUUAUCCAGAUGGGAACACACAUGAAAAUGGAAGUGGACAUAUUUCAGUUUACUUGGCCAUUUCAGGGACAACUUCCCUGCCUGCUAAUUGGGAAGUCAAUGCUAUAUUUACCUUCUUUCUGUUCAAUCAACUUCGUGACAAUUAUCUUUCAGUGCGAGGAAAAAUGCGGCACUUUCAACCUAUCAAGUCUAUAUGGGGACUUAAUUCCUUCAUCUCCUUGGGACAUAGUAAUUGUAUAUUGAAGCUCUCGUUGUAUCCAAAAGGCAAUGCAAACAAUAAGGGAUGUGAUAUUUCAAUAUUUCUAAAAUCUGUUGAUGCUAAGGACUUUGAUCACCAUGAAAAAGUGAAGGUAAAUGGCAGCAUAAACCUCAAAGAUCAGACAAAUGGUGGAUGCAAAAAGCUACCUUGUUUGGCUGUCUUGCAUUCAUUAGUUAUAGGUGAACACUCAGCUCGGCGCUAUGUUAUUGGAGAAGUUAUCAAUGCCCAUUUUGUAUCCAAUUAG